AUGGCCGAAUACCCGGUUGAGUACAAUGGUACCAUCGCAACUGGUGGUGACUCGCUCCAUGAUGACUUGAACAUCUUCUACAGUUCCGGUGAUAUCGCAUGGGUCAUUGUGUCGACAGCCCUAGUGCUGCUGAUGAUUCCUGGAGUUGGAUUCUUCUACUCCGGUCUAGCUCGUCGAAAGUCAGCACUCUCAUUGAUAUGGCUCUCGAUCAUGUCGGUGGGUGUGGUUUCAUUCCAGUGGUUCUUCUGGGGUUAUUCGCUGGCCUUCUCCCACACUGCCGGCAGCUACAUCGGUAACCUCGACAACUUCGGCUUCAAGGGCGUUCUAGGUGCGCCAUCCGUGGGAAGUACCAAGGUUCCCGAUCUCCUGUUCGCUAUCUUCCAGGGCAUGUUCGCCGCUAUUACGGAUGGAGAUCCUCUAGAAACACAAAUUGACAUUUUCUCUGUGAUUAGUGUUGCUCUCGCCGUCGGCGCAGUCGCUGAGCGUGGUCGCAUGCUUCCCUGCAUUGUCUUCAUGUUCAUCUGGACCACUAUUAUCUACGACCCUAUCGCCUGCUGGACAUGGAACUCGUCUGGUUGGGUGUUCAAGCUCGGGGGUCUUGACUUUGCGGGUGGUACCCCCGUCCACAUUGCCUCUGGAUCUGCUGCCCUUGCCUACUCCUUGAUGCUGGGCAAGCGUCGUGGUCAUGGUACCCACGAGCUCAACUACCGCCCUCACAACGUGACCCACGUUGUCAUCGGUACCGUGUUCCUCUGGGUCGGCUGGUUCGGAUUCAAUGCUGGCUCUGCUCUAUCUGCCAAUCUUCGUGCAGUAAUGGCUGCCGUUGUCACUAACCUUGCCGCCUCCGUUGGAGGUGUGACCUGGUGUUUGAUGGACUACAGAUUAGAGCGCAAGUGGUCGACUGUUGGCUUCUGCUCUGGUGUCAUUGCUGGUCUUGUUGCUAUUACCCCCGGCUCCGGAUUUGUCACUCCCUGGGCUGCUUUCAUCUUUGGUGUGGUUGGUGCUGUUGCAUGCAACUAUGCUACUAAGCUCAAGUUCCUCCUUCAUAUUGAUGAUGCUCUCGAUAUCUUUGCCGUCCACGGUGUCGGAGGUGUGGUUGGAAACCUCUUGACUGGUCUUUUCGCUGCUGAUUACAUUGCGCACCUGGACGGUGUCACCGAGAUCAAUGGCGGCUGGAUCAACAAGAACUAUGUCCAGCUGGGAUAUCAGCUUGCCGACUCGGUCACAGGAAUGGCUUACGCCUUCUUUGGAACAUGUAUUAUUCUCUUCCUCAUGAACCUCAUUCCGGGCCUUAGCUUGCGCGCACCCGAGGAAGACGAGAUCAUGGGUAUUGACGACGCUGAAAUUGGCGAGUUUGCUUACGAUUACGUUGAAGUCACCCGUGAUGUUGUCAACAGCAUGGAAAGCUCGGAGGCUGGCUCCAAGCGCACUGUUACACCCGUAGGCGAGGUUAUUGACACCAAGGCUUAG